AUGGUUCAGGGCAGGGUGCUGGUCGUAGCCGGCUCCGACCCUUCUGGCGGGGCCGGCCUCGAGGCGGACCAGAAGGUGCUCGCGGCGCACCAGUGCUACGCCAUGACGGCGACAACGGCGCUCACGGUGCAAAACACAAAGGGCGUCACGGGCGUGCACGUCGUGCCGGCCGAGUUUGUCGCCAGACAGAUUGACGCCGUCGUGGAGGAUAUCGGCGUGGACGUGGUCAAGACGGGCAUGCUGGGGUCCGUGGAGACGAUUGACGCCCUGUCGGACCUGAUUGACAAGCACAACCUCACGACCGUCGUCGUCGAUCCCGUCAUGGUCUCGACGUCAGGCGCGCAGCUACUCCCGCACGCGGCCAUCAAGCAGCUCUCGGCACGUCUCCUCAGGCGGACGACGCUGCUGACGCCCAACAUCCCCGAGGCGCGUCUGCUCCUCGCCGAGCACGGGCUCGAGAGCGCCCCGGCCGUGCGCACCGUGGACGAUCUCGAGGCGCUCGCGCAGACGAUUCGCGGCGCGCUCGGCCCGCGCUGGGUGCUCGUCAAGGGCGGCCACGUGCCGUUUCGCGCCGCCGACUUGACGGCCGCCGAGGAGGCCGAACCGGGAGCGCGGGUGGUGGUGGAUGUGCUGGUUGGGCCGGACGGCGCGGUUGUUCGCGUGCAGAGCCCGUUCCAGAAGAGCACGAGCACGCAUGGCACGGGAUGCUCGUUGGCGUCGGCUAUUGCGGCGAAUCUAGCCAAGGGAAAAGAUGUCCCGACGGCGGUGCGCGCGGCGUGUCGAUAUGUUGCGGCCGGCAUCCGGACCGCCCCGCAGCUCGGCGGCGGCCACGGCCCGUUGAACCACUUUCACUCGUCGUACUCGCUGCCUUUUUCGCCUGGCUACUUUCUCGAGUAUCUUUUUGCGCGUCCCGACGUGCAGCCCGUCUGGGCCGAGUUUCUGCAUCAUCCAUUUGUCAUGGCCCUCGGCAACGGCACGCUGCCUCUCGAGUCUUUCAAAGGAUACAUUAUCCAAGACUAUUUGUACCUGGUGCACUUUGCGCGUGCAAAUGCCCUCGCCGCGUACAAGACCAAGACCAUCAGCGAUAUCCAACGAUCUGGUGAAAUCGUCGGCCACAUCGUCCGCGAAAUGGACCUUCACAUCAACUACUGCAAGAGCUUUGGUAUUUCCGAGCAAGAGAUCCAAGCCACCACCGAGCUCCAAGCGUGCACCGCAUACACUCGCUACGUGCUCGAUAUUGGCCAGUCGGAGGACUGGCUCGCGCUGCAAAUGGCCCUGGCGCCGUGCCUGCUGGGCUACGGCGCCGUCGCGCAGAUGCUCGCCGCGCACCCGGACACGGUCCGCGAGCAGCAGGCCAACACCUACUGGCCGUGGAUAGAAAACUAUGGUGCGGCAGAUUAUGUCGAGGCUGUGCGUCUCGGCUCCGAACUCAUCGAGAAGAAGAUUUGUCAGUGUUCGCCCGCGAGAAUCGAGGAGCUGAUUGAGAUUUUUAUCCACGGAACCAGGAUGGAGACUGGCUUUUGGGAAAUGUUUCCCUCAAAAUGA